UUGCGCUCUAUAUGGGGUGUGUCCUGCGCCGCAGUCCCGCCCCAUUGAUGUAUAGGAGUGACGCGAUUCCGUGACGUCAUCAGUCGGCGCCUCCAUGUUCGGAUACCGGAGAGUUCUCAUUGCCGGGAGACAUCUGAUUGGACGGUCAUGUCCUUUCACCAGGUCAGAGUGGCGGCGGCCGGUCCACUCGUCCCGCCCUCUUGGCAGACACGACCCCCCACAGGAAGUGACCUCAUUGGAGGAGAAGAGCGGUGUGGACAAGGACUUCACCCCGCAGCAGAGAGACGUCAUCCUGCGACUCCUGAACACGGCUUCUGAGAGUCAGCUGGACUGUGUGCGGGAGCUGCAGGGCAAGAAAUCCGCCGGCAUAGUGCGCUACCGGGAGCAGAACGGCCCGUUCCCCGACCUGGACACCCUGCGCCGCGUCCAGAACUUCCAACCCACCUUCAUCCACAGACUCUGUCUCUCCAUGCUCAGCCUCAUGGACCGGACUGACCGCACCGUGCUUGCCAAAUUCCUCAAGCCCGAUAUCCCUGUGUAUAGGCUGCAGGAGGCGGAGAGCAUCGUGUCGAUCGUCUUUGGACUGAGGAAGCUGGCCUGGGCUCACGUCGAUCGAUCGUUGACCGUCAGAGAAUGGCAGCAGGAGGAAUGCUUCCACCUAGUGAAGGGAAAACAUCUGCCGGAGGUGUAUCUGGAGACCAUCUCCUCGGUGGUCUCUCAGCUCCCGCAGGCGGAUUAUUACAUCCUGGAGAAGCCGGCGGUCUCCUCCUCUCAGAACACGUCGCUGUUCCCGGUGGUGUUACAUUUGCGCACAGUGGAAGCCAUGUUGUUCUGUCUGUUGAACCCUCAGAUAGUGGCGGAGCAGGAGCAGCGGGUGUUCAGCAUGAACCGGAGCACGGUGGGGAAACACUUUGAGAUCAUGGUGGGGGAGGCGCGGACCAGCGGGGUGGAGGUCGUUCAGAGACUCAUUGCAGAGGCCAGCAUCGCCCCCAAACCCCGAGUGACCUUCCCUUCAGAACUUCUCCGCCAAUACCACCAAAAACUGCAACCCCGCGGGCAGAACCGCGCCGAGGAGAUGUGCGACGCUCUGCUACAAGCCCUCACCUGCUAUGAACUGGUCCUGAUCUAGGAAUAAAAGUCCCAUCAUCCAG